AUGGACCUAAAAUGCAAGGAUCAGGGCUAAAAAAUAAUAUUAAAAAAAAAGGCUGGACUUAAAUUAAAACAGGCUCAUCAAUUACCUGGUAUAUGUAUUUUUGUUUAUUUUAGACAGAAUAUUGACAGAUGGAUUAGUUACAGCAUCAACUAAUGUCAGAGAAUCUCGAGAAAAUAAUCUUCUAUAAGGUUUGAUAUCACCUUGUGAUGAUGAAAAAACAAAUCAAUUUAACUUUUUCAACAGCUAUUCUUAAAAAUAAAUAGUUACUGCUAAGAAAGUAGACCCAAUUGAAUAGAUUAAGAGGAUAAUAUCAGAAAAUGAGAGACUUAGAUUUACUAUAAAUUAAAAACAGAAAAUAAUUGAUACUAGGAUGAAAUAAAGAAAAGAAAUACCUGAUCUCAUAUUGUCUUAAAGAAAUUCACGUAGUUUACUGCAACCUCAUGAAAAGUAGAAUACUGCAGAUGAUUACGGAUAUUUUUUAGAUAAACAAUCAAUAUCUUAAAAUUAUAAACGUUCAAUAUUGCCUCAUAUUGAAUCUAAAUAGAGUUCACCAACAAAUAGAGAUGAAUGUGCUUUCACAUUUGCGAAUAACUUUUUUAUAAAAGAAUAAAAAGUUUCACCUAAAAAAAUAAAUAUGAUGCAAGCCUUUCCUUAAUUGCAUUUGUAGAGAAAAUUUUUUACUUGA